AUGGGAGCAGAGUCAUCUACGUCAGCGAAGAAACCUGAAAUCGUGAGUCUCACGAAAGAGCAAGUCCAUAGAACGACUGAAACACUGAAGAAAUGGAGUCAAGGAAAGGAUUUUCUCAACAAGCGUCAGUUCGAGGAGAUUUACGCAGAGUUACAACCUGUAACCGCUCUGUUAUUCGAUGUGGCGGAAGACGGAGGUCGUUGCCCAUUUUCAAAUAUACUUCUGAUGGCUGAUGGAGUGCUAGGCGACGCAGCUUCACAGGCGGCAACAUUAUUGAGAUUGUUCGGCACGAUAGCGAAAGCACUGGAGCAUGUAGUGUCAGUCUACGCUCGUCGGCACGGACUAAGCGACAAUGAUUCAUCUGCUCUACUCGAGUACUUCAUGCACGACGCUCCUCCUGAAGCACGAUUUGAUCGAUGGUUACUAGGGCAUUCCGUAGCCGCUCAGUUGGUACUACAUGUUUUCGCUCCGCUUAUUUUUGAGAAAGGUCCACCGCUUCAUCCAUCUACACCAUGUAACUCGCCGCUGCUCUCUCACAGUGCUGUUAUGGUCAUAAACAUGCACUUACCAAGCGAAAGAAGAAAGGAGUGGACAUUACUCUUUUCCAGCGUAGAACAUGGUUCAAGCUUCGCUCAACUUUCUAAACGAAUCAAUGAGGAAGGACCUUGCGUUGUGGUGGUUAACUCAACCAACGGCCGAGUUUUUGGUUGUUUUGCUUCUGAAGGAUUCCUUAUGGGACCGAACUAUCAUGGAAAUGCGACUUCGUUCUUAUUUGAGGUAAAGCCUCAGUUACGAAUACAUUCCGCUACUGGGCUAAGCAAUGAUUAUGCUUAUCUCAAUGUUCAACAAGUAAGCCUACCUAACGGUUUGGGUAUUGGAGGCCAUGAGACGGUGUGGCCAUUUUUCAUUGACGAGGACUAUGGCAAGGGGAUUUCUAUGGCUAAUGUCAGCUCAUUCGAAAAGUGUCAUCUUGCGGGAUGUGAUCAGUUCGAAAUAAGCAGCAUUGAGGUCUGGCGUGUAGGUGAGAAACCCCAAAUACCUUUCGACGAGGAUGUCAAACGUAGCGAAAAGUCUAUAAUCGAUAAGGACCCUGAAGCUGUAGCGUUGCUGGAAUUGACUGGUCAUAAAAUGCACUCAGAAGCAUAUCGAGAUCCAGCUCCACUACUUGACGAGCCAUUUGAAAUCUAA